UAUAGUACAACUACUCUGCCUCGCUGCUAGUCAGUCUGAACGGUUCUGCUAGGCAAGUCUCAAGGGCAAACCAUGCAUUAGAGAUUCCCCAUCAAAUGCAAAGGAAAAUACAAUGCAUUGGAAUAAAAAAAGGGAUUUGUAACUGCUUUAUUGAAAAAGAUAUAUCCUGGCUGGAAACCUUGGAAUGAAAGACUUUUCCUACCAAAGAGAGAACAACAGGUGUUUCUCUAUUUCUCUUCUGUGAAGCACGACCUUGCUGUGGUGACCCCUUCUGGGGUUUAUUUGGUGACAGAUUCCCGACAACAAGAGGAACAACCCUAACAAACUGUUAUAUCAGCAAGACAAUUUUCAUCACAAAGUGGGGUGACAUUCUCUUGGCCCAUAGCCAGGAAUGGUGGAUAACUUCCUAGUGAGGGCCGAGGAGACUUUCUUACCUUACGAUAGCUCCCCACCGGUGUAUCACCUGUCGGACAUGGUGACGGACGCAGGGACCUACCAGGUGAUGCCCUCGCCCUUCUCCGAGGACGACCUGAGCGAGUCGUCCAGCCCUCGCUCCUGUUCUAGCCCUGACUCCCAAGUGCUCAGCUCCAGCUAUGGCAGCAGCUCUAGCGCCGAGAGCUCAGACAGCAUCCUGGACUUCCUGCUGUCCCAGACUUCCCUAGGCGGAACAGGGACCGCGGCGGCCAUCCCCAUGUCACUGCCCACCUUUCUGUGGGACUCACAAAGGGAUGCGCCGUCCCACCCCCAUCCAGAGGCCUUGAAAGAGGAGAGCGUGGACUUCUCUGUCUGGUCCUUGGUGGACAUGGAUGAGCCAUCCUUCCAGCCCACCUUGGAGGAGAUAGAGGAGUUCCUGGAGGAGAACAUGGAGGUGGUGUCAUCCAUAAAGCAGGAGGCCCGGGAGGGGGCGUUGGGGAUGGGUCUAGAGGAGAUCAUGGGACUGGGGGUGGGACUGGAGGUGUACAGGGAGUCCUCAUCCCCAGGGCCAAGGCUGGAGCUCGAGGCCAAGCAUUCAGACCAAACUGUGUCAACCGAGAAUGCCGCCACCACCACCGAGACCAAAAGCACACCGGCCACACCGGCACAGGAGUCCAUAGAAGGCCCGCAUGAUGACAGGUCCAAGAGUGGUUCAUUAUCCAGCAGGCUCGGGUCAGCAGAGAGCAGUGCAAACGGUGGCAGCGGUGGGAUGCCGGUCAUCCUGCAGAUCCAGCCCAUGCAGAUCAAACAGGAACCCGGUUCCACGGCUCCUCAUCCUCCUCCCCAAGUUGUCCAGCCUCCCCCUCAGCCGGCAUCAGACAUCAAAAUUGCCCAGCUGCUGGUCAACAUCCAGGGGCAGACCUUCGCCCUGGUGCCCCAGCUGCUGCCCUCCACCAGCCUCAAUGUCUCCUCCAAGUUUGUGCGCAUCGCUCCAGUUCCCAUUGCAGCCAAGCCCCUGGGCCUCGGGGAGGUGGUGGUUGGGGUCCAGGGCCAAGGGCUCCUGGUCGGGGGUCAGCAGUUUCAGAAGAACCCUGUGGCGGACCUCAUCAAAAUGCACAAAUGCACUUUCCCCAGCUGCACCAAGAUGUACACCAAGAGCAGCCACCUGAAAGCCCACCUCCGGAGACACACAGGGGAGAAACCUUUCGCCUGCACCUGGCCGGGCUGUGGAUGGAGGUUCUCGAGGUCGGAUGAGCUGUCGCGACACCGGCGGUCCCACUCAGGGAUCAAGCCUUACCAGUGUCCAGUGUGUGAGAAGAAAUUUGCCCGCAGUGACCAUCUGUCAAAACACAUCAAAGUCCACCGCUUUCCGCGAAGCCGGACCCUGCGCACAGCAAACUGACCCCACCCGGAUCACUCUUCAAUGGACAUAGGCCAAGGGAGCACGGAGUGUGUGUGUGUGUGUGUGUGUCUGUGAGAUGGAAUUUGUGUGAAUGUGUAUGUGUGAGAGUGUGGUAUGACUAAUGGAGAGAGAGAGAGAGAGAAAGAGAGAGCGAUGGACAUGGAAGGUUUAUGUGUGUGCCUUGCCUUUUAGAGAGAUCUAUAACGGUGGUCUUGUGCUAUAAUUUAUUGUAGAAAGCAAAAACAUGCAACAACCAAGCAAAACCAACAAAUGAAACUUACCAUCUUCUCAGUAAUCAAAAUUUCUUGAGAUUCUUGUUGCUGUUGGUACUUUUGUAUGUUGUACUCUUUUAAUUUGUUUUUCUGUUCUGUCUUUAUUUUUCAAUGAAAGAUUAGCUUUUUUCAUUCGAGAUGAAAUGUAUUAAUUGCAUUAGUAAUAGCCUUGUGUUUCUAUUUUACCUGGAUAUGACUGCCUUUUAUCUU